CGUUACGGACACUGAAUUCAAUAUGGCUGCCAGUGGACCGGUGGAAAGACUCCAACAACUAGAAACCAUCGAAAAAGAUGUUUCAAAUGCAAUACUCAGUGCAGGUAAAGCCCUCGAGGAGCUAUCUAAGGAAAAGCCGCAGAUGAAGAUGAUAGAAAACCACACCACUGGCUUUAUGAAAACUCUUGAAGGUGUUGAAGUAGGCUUGAUGAAACAGAUCAACUACCUUACUCAAGUAUCGACUGGUCAACCGCACGAGGGCUCGUGCUAUGCUGCUCAGAAGGACUUGUUGAUGGGAUACCAUCGUAUGGCUCACGUGCGAAGUCGCCUUGAAGAGCUCGAGAAAAUCAGAACUGACGGGAAACCCAAACUCCUACAACUGGCGAAAAGCUAUUCUAUGCCACCUAUGGCCAAGCCUGGCCAGCUUCCUGGAAAUUGAGAAACUUUAA